GCGUUUUCGCGGCGAGUUUGAGUUUUGAGCGAGCGCAGCGGGACGAGCAGGAGGAGAGAGUGCAGCGGGACAAGCAGCAGGAGAGAGUGCAGCGGGACAAGCAGCAGGAGAGAGACAAGCAGGAGCAUGGUGGGGAGACGGAGGCAUGGGUUGAGGAGCUUAAGCCUGCCCAACAGGAAGACAAUCACACACCCGUCUCACCACCAGAGAACCCCGACCACUACGCGGCCGCGCAGGUCGAGGCCCGGUUGCGAGCCGCAGAAGCACUCGGCUACGCCGUCACGCGCGCGUCCCCGCUGCAGCACGGGGACGCGGAGAAGAGACCGCAGGAGUACGACGCCUGGCUGCUGCAAAGGAGGGUCCGCGUCCGCGCUGACUGGGGCGACGAGGACGUGGGUGACAGCUGUUGCUUUGGCACGCGCACAGUGGAUCGGGGACGGGGGCGAGUGUGGAAACUGCCUGGCGGGCCACGCAUGACAGAAUAAAUAGACAGGCACGGGGAACGCGUGCAUAUAA